AUGGAUAAAUACAAAACGUCAGCCAUCAAGUCCGGCUUUGGAGCAGUGACCCAGACCACCAGCUGUGGGACCAGUAGUACAUCAGGGUUUGGCAGCACCAACUCAGCGCCCUUGAAAUCCAGGGUGUCAGCAGGCCCCACUGGCACUUGGUGCUGUGGGACAAGCGUGGCUGCCCCCCACAGCAGCUCCACCACUGGGGCAUUUGGCACUACAUCAGGAUGGAGUGGAAGAACUGGUCUCAAGAACCCUUUCUGGGGUGCCUUGCAUACAAACUCCCUGGGUGCAGCUGGAGAUAGCACACCAUCUCCUUUCCAUGUGGCCAGCAGACCUCAGAACACUCCUGGGUUUGCAGCCAUCACCUCCGGCUUUGGAGCUGUGACCCAGCCCACCAGCUAUGGGACCAGUACAUCCGGUUUUGGCAGCACCAUCUUAGCGCCCUUCACAUCUAUGGUGUCAGCAUCCCCCACUGGCAGUGGGGACUUUGGGACACGUGUGCCUGCCCCCCACAACAGCUCCACCACUGGGCCAUUGGGCUUUGGGGCAGCACGGAGUGGGAGAACUGGUCUCAAGAACCCUUUUUGGGGAGCCUUAAAACCGAGCUCCCUGGGUGCAGCUGGCCAGAGUACACUAUCUGCUUUCCAUGUGGCCACCACACCUCAGAACACUCCUGGGUUUGCAGCCAUCACCUCCGGCUUUGGAGCUGUGACCCAGCCCACCAGCUGUGGGACCAAUACAUCCGGGUUUGGCAGCACCAUCUCAACGCCCUUCACAUCUAUGGUGUCAGCAAUCCCCACUGGCAGUGGCGGCUGUGGGACUCGCAUGCCUGCCCCCCACAGCAGCUCCACCACUGGGACACUUGGGUUUGGGUCAGCACGGAGUGGGAGAACUGGUCUCAAGAACCCUUUUUGGGGAUCCUUAAAACCGGGCUCCCUGGGUGCAGCUGGCCAGAGCACACCAUCUGCUUUCCAUGUGGCCAGCACACCUCAGAAUACUCCGGGGUUUGCAGCCAUCACCUCCGGCUUUGGAGCUGUGACCCAGCCCACCAGCUGUGGGACCAUACAUCCGGGUUUGGCAGCACCAUCUCAACGCCCUUCACAUCUAUGGUGUCAACAGGCCCCAUUGGCAGUGGUGGCUCUGGGACUCGCAUGCCUACCCCCCACAGCAGCUCCACCACUGGGGCAUUUGGCUUUGGGGCAGCAUGGAGUGGGAGAACUGGUCUCAAGAACCCUUUUUGGGGAGCCUUAAAACCGAUCUCUCUGGGUAGAGCUGGC